UCUUGUCAAAGAUGGCCACUUCCAUGGUUAGCGUCGUGACAAGACAGCUGAAGUUGUGACUUUAAAUUAGAGUUAAUUCUCAACAUAGUGUCGAUGUCCUGUGUGUGACUAGUUUCCUUGUAUGAACAUCUUUCAAGGAUCAUGAGUUUACACAGAUUGUCCUUGAGGUUGCGACAGGUGGCCCAAGCCAGGCACCUACACAGUAGUGGGAGUGGCCAGCAGCUGGAAGCCCUCACUGUGGAGGCGGAGCCUAGGGAGACGAGAGAACUGUCUUUCUUCAGGACCAGAGAGAGUGACCCAGCCAGCCAUGCUGAGGUGCAUAUGGGUCAGUACUACACCCUGCCACCAGGCCAUGUGCGCACCAUCUUCCCACACGGACUGCCCUACCGCUUCCAGCUGCAGAUGAAGACGUUUAAUGAGGGUUGUGUGAUGGUGCGGCAGCCUGCCCUCGACCUCAUAUCCCACCUGAGGAAGGCCGACUACAGCAAGCCUGCUGUGCGCUACGUGCUAUAUGGGGUGAAUGGCUGUGGAAAGACCAUGUCACUCUGCCACACAGUCCACUACUGUUACACACAGGGAUGGCUGGUGUUACACAUACCUGAUGCUCACCUGUGGGUGAAGAACUGCAAAGAGCUCCUGCCAUCCUCAUUCCACUCCUCACGCUUUGACCAGCCACUAGAAGCCUCCCACUGGCUGCGGAACUUCAAAAUCACCAAUGAGCCCCUCCUGUCAAAGCUGAAGACUACGCAGCGGUACGUGUGGACGAAGAGAGAGAGCACUGAGGAGGGGAGCACGCUGGCGGAGCUGGUGGACCAGGGGGUGAGUCGCGUGCGCAGCAGCAGUGACGUGGUGGGGGCGCUGCUGAAGGAGCUGCGGCUGCAGGCGGGGGGGGCGCCCCUGGAGGAGGGGGGGCAACAGCGCCCCCUGAGGCUGGCCGUGGCGGUGGACGGCAUCAACGCACUCUGGGGCCGCACCUCACUCAAGAAGGAGGACAAAAGUGUGGUGGCUCCAGAGGAGCUGACCCUGAUCCACAACUUGAGGAAGAUGGUGAAGAACGAUUGGACUGGUGGGGCUAUCAUCUCCUCUCUGUCCCAGACGGGGUCCCUGUUCCAACCCAAAAGUGCCUUCUUGCCCCAGGAGCUACUUGGACAGGACGGUUUUGAUAACAUGGAUCCCUUUGUCCCGGUCCCAGUCUCCAAUUACAGUGAGAAGGAAUUUGAGAGUUGUUAUCUGUAUUACUUAGACCGGAAUUGGCUACAGCAUUCACAUAGCCGAACAGAAGAAGGGAAGAGAGAACUCAUCUUCCUCAGCCACAGAAACCCCACCGUCUUUGAGAGAAUAUGCGCUUCGCUGUGACGUCCAGGCAGCCAUGAACAGACAGAAGUUCAGACAAACAAAUACGUGUUAGCGUGAUGUACAUCAGAAUACCUGCAUUGCUCUUGCGUCUCUGAAAAGGAUCAGAAAGUGUUUCCCAGUGCCGGGCCAGAUCCACACCACGUCUGCGCCAGACCAGAGCCAGCAGUGCUUUGAGCGCUCAUAAUCAUGUGUAGGCCACUUGUUCUGUAAAUUGUACGUGGUGUUGCAUGUUCAUUUCUUUUGUAUUAAAAUACUUAUGAGAAAA